UUCAUCAUUCAAUAUGUAGAGGUCGCACCUCCAUAAAAAUCAAAAGAUAGAUCCCUGGCCUAGGCCCAGAGUUCGUAUAACUAGAUGUCUUACAAAAACAAGUGGCUAACAUCCCGUGUUCGGCAACUAGUAACAUUCUAACACUUAAAAGUCAAACUAAACAAAAAUAUAUUUUUUGGUCAUUUGUUUGUUUACGCAACUUUUACCCAAAUUAAAUGGUUUGUUCAGACUAUGGAUUACCAGAACCAGAUGAUCCCAAUGAAGAUUUGAGGGUUUCCAAUGACGGAGUAAUUCUGGUAUCUGAUAAUGAUUCAGACCCUGAAGAUUUGUUAAAUGAGUAUGAUCAAUAUCAACUUUUGCCCAGCGCACCAUUAGAAGAAUCUGAAGACAUAUCUGAUGAAGGUCAAGAAAAUAUUAACCUCCCUUCGGACUCUGCUCAAACUUCGACAUUGCCUCCCAUAACCCCUAUCGAAGAAAUUUUAGUGAAAGAGGUGUGGUCAGGCCCUCCCCCUGAGAGUAGCAGUAUCGAAAUGGAUAGCAGUCGAAUUGAUGAAGUUAAGCAAGCAAUGGUGAAUAUCACUUUGCCACCCGGAGCUAUUCCAGAGUGGGCUACUAGUAUUCCAGAGGAGGGUUGGAAACAACAGCUUUAUAAGCGGUUGGAGGAUAUGCAGAAAAAGAAGACUUGAAUUGGUAUUGAUUUAUAAAACAGUUCAGUACCAAGAAUUGUCAUAAUAAAAAAGUUUAUUCUUCAAAUAUUCAUCAAAUCCUGUGCAGGCAAUGCCAUUUAGCAAAUUUGUUACCAAAUUGAAAAUCCUAUUAGAAUAGUAUUUUGUUUGCCUACUUGAAUCAGUUAUAAGUAAAUAAAAAUAAAAAAUUCUCACUAAUA